AUGUCGGCUCCGUACUGGGGCCAGCUCCCACCACUAGCUACGGUUCCUCGGAGUCGGCGCAUGUCUGGCGAUGUGACGCCGACAACCCCAUCCGACUCUCGCCAGUCCUUCGACAUCCACUCUCAGACCCGCCAUAGACCGAAUCGCAUCUCUGUCCAGACUACAAAGUCGGAAGUCCAGACUGACUCAACUCUCAGUCCUUUCGCAUCUCCAACCACUCCCAGCUUCAUGGGCCAGGGACUUGCCCCUCCUCCGGCACCAGUGCCCUAUGGUGCUGAAACCCAUCGAGACUGGCCCACGCCCCCUGCUGUCCCGGAAGCUCCUCCAGGUCCUCCUAUGAGCUACAGGUAUUCGUCUGCCAUUGCUGAACAACAGAACGCGUACUCGAAUUCCUCUCCGGGAUCGUCCCCCAUGACCCAAGACGUGGGCUCAGAUGGAUUCCACGAGAAUCAAACCCCGGCCGGUGACAGGCAGAUACCUCGGGACACGACGACGGAUGCGAGCACGAGUCGGCGGCCACAACGUAUCGUUACCGGAUCGAUGCGUUCGGGAAACAUGCCACCGCCAGCCGGAGCAAACAGCCACCGACGCAGGGCUUCUGGUGUUGACCAGCCUCUACAGAGGAGUACUAGGCGCUCGUCAGCGAGCCAGCCAGCAACCCGACAGAGAAUGUUCGCAGACGACCGCUCACCACUUCAGAGGCUCCAGCUGACCCUGGACAGCAUAGCAAAAGGAGAACCAGGGGAAGGACCUACUCCACGAGUCGAAGCCGCCGAAGGCUCAGCACGGGAAUUUGCCCCAGAGAACUCGGCACCCGAGCAGACGGAAAUAAGCACGAUAUCACCGCAAGUGCCCGUUCAGAUCCAAAAGGUCUCGCCCGUUAAUCAACGCCAGGAAGCACCCCAGUCGACCAUGCCGGUAAGUUUGACGACUUCGACCAGACCUGACCAAGGCUCGGGGGCUGCAAAGGGGCCUCUGUCUCAGAACCCCCCCGAAGAAGGGCGAACGUAUGGAGCAAACAGCGGGCGGGUUGCAAGAACCCAGGUGCCUGACCCGCGGACUCCCAUGAACGCGGCUGUCACCAGUGUUAGGGCUUCUAAUUUACCACAGCGCAACCUUAGUUUCCGCGAGCGAGCAGCUAAUCAGGAGGUGGUGAAGAAGCCGGUAGCAGAUCCGUGGCCGAGGCAAAGCCAAGAAAAUCAGGAGGCUCAGGAGGCGACAGCGGCUCGAGAGCAUCAACCAGUGGAGAAACCAAUUGAAAGGGCUGUCAGGCGUGAUGAAAGUCAACAGUUCGGCAAUAUCACCAUCGGAGCGAGCGCGGAGCCGGCUAGAGUAACGAACCAAGAACCAGCCAGAGCAGCGAGCCAGAGAGUCAAGUUGGAAAAAAUCAUUGAUCGGGCUCCUGUUCAGCAAACUCAGCAGUCAUACACCUCACCGGCGGAGCAAGAAACCCCGGUUCAGAAUGAGCCUGCGCCCCAACCUCCCGUCGAGAGUCCCAUUAUUCCUGUCGAAAGCCCGCAGGCUGCGGUUGAAGGGAUGCCCAUGGGCGGUCCAAACCAUCCUCCCCCACCCAAGUACCAGCAGCAGCAGCAUCAUCACCAGGCACGGAGAGAUGUCAGACUCGACGACCAAGGGAGAGAUCUUAGACGCGACCGUGAUGAUACUGAACCGGGUCAUCAUCUCUCAAACAUGCUGUAUCAUGCGCGGGACGAUCUCGAGCCCGGGCAGGGCGAGUUUCAACCGACAAGGUAUCUCGAAGAAUGGAAGAAUGGCACAGUCGGCACUCUUGCUGGCCCGCUUCUUGACCUGGGCAAUGGAUCGCCUGCAGGUGAUAAGAACGCACCUCAAUUUCGGAGGCGGGGUACCGGGGGAUCACGGACGAGGAGAGGUGAAGCUUUUGAUGGGGAGUAUGAUGACACUUAUGGUCAUCCGAAGGUAGGACGCAAGGGUGAAACGCUCUAUGUCCGGCCGGUCGACCACCUGGAAGAAGGAAAGGAUCUUUCCAGGGACGAAACCGACAACGGGCUAUUCGAAAAGUCAAGAAGCGUGCCUGACUCUCUUCCAGCCGGCGUAACUGACCCGCCUGGCUCCUUCAACGUCCGGAAGAAGCGGGCCAAGAUCGAUGGUGAGAAGGCAGGGAAGUACAAGGACGUUCGCGGAUUCCGGCUCCACGCCGAGCGAGGCUACACUUUCUGGCGGUUCAACAUCGAAGUCGAACUCCGCGAGAAACAACAACGCAUUGCCUACCGGAUCAACAGGGGCCCAGCAACGGGUUUCUGGGUCCCAGCCAAGGGGCAGGCGAUGAACAUCAUGUUCCACAGCUGCAACGGCUUCAGCCUGAGCGUUGAUCCCAACCAGUUCAGCGGCCCCGAUCCUAUGUGGCGCGACGUUCUCAACACUCACCAGAGCCAACCGUUCCAUGUCAUGAUUGGUGGUGGUGACCAAAUCUACAACGACAAGUGCAUGCAAGAGACGGAGCUUUUCAAGGAGUGGCUGAUGAUCAAGAACCCAUUGUCCAAGCACAACACUCCCUUCAGCGCAGAAAUGCAGGAUGAGCUGGAGCGCUUCUACCUGGAGCGGUACGCCAUGUGGUUCUCCCAGGGCUUAUUUAGCAUGGCAGCCUCUCAGAUUCCCAUGGUCAACAUGUACGAUGACCACGACAUCAUCGACGGCUUUGGUUCUUACCCGCACCAUUUCAUGAACUCGCCGGUGUUCUCGGGCCUUGGCAACGUCGCCUUCAAAUACUAUAUGCUCUUUCAGCAUCAGAGCGUAGUGGACGAAACGGAGAAAUCCGAGCCAAGCUGGAUCCUGGGUGUUCGGCCGGGACCGUACAUCCAAGAGGUCAGUCGAAGCAUGUUCAUGUUCUUGGGCGCAAAGGUUGCGCUACUGGCAGUCGACACGCGGACUGAACGGACCCGAGAGGAAGUCAUCAGGGAAGAUACGUGGAAGAGAAUCAUGGACCGGUGUUAUGGUGAGAUCGAAAACGGGAAGGUCGAGCAUCUGCUGGUCCUUCUCGGUGUGCCGGUCGCUUAUCCGAGGUUGGUCUGGCUUGAGAAUAUCUUGACUUCUCGUCUGAUGGACCCUGUCAAAGCCCUUGGAAAGGCUGGUCUUUUCAAAAAUCUCCUCAACCAUUUCGAUGGAGGCGUCGAGGUCCUGGAUGACUUGGAUGAUCACUGGACAGCCAAGAACCAUAAGGAGGAACGAGGAAUUGUGAUCGAAGAUCUCCAGGACCUGGCGGCUGACAAGUCAGUCAGAGUUACUAUUCUCAGCGGUGACGUUCACCUGGCAGCCAUUGGGCAGUUCUAUUCGAACCCCAAGCUCGGCAUCCCGAAGGACAAGGACUUCCGGUAUAUGCCGAACAUCAUUUGCUCCGCCAUCGUCAACACCCCGCCUCCGGAUAUGCUGGCGGACGUGCUCAACAAACGCAACAAGGUGCAUCACUUCGACCGAGACACAGACGAAGACAUGAUCCCCAUGUUCCAACAAGGUGUCGACGGCAAGCCGCGGAACAACAAGCACCUGCUUCCGCACCGCAACUGGUGCUCAAUCCGGCUGUACACCCCCGGGAGCACACCGGACUCCACGCCGGGCCAGUCCGUAAACGACAUCAACGCCUACGGCUUGCCUCCCAACAAACCCAGUCUCCUGCGCCGCCUCUCCCUCUCCAAAACACGAAGCAAAUCAGGCCCUGCCUACCGCGGCCCGGACAGCGUGCAGCGCGAUCGCACCCGCCCGCCUAUCUCGAACGCUCUGCUCCGCACCCUCUCCCGCCGCGGCCCAAGCGCAAGCGCUGAUCAAGUCGUCCCCGGCGGCCGCGGAAGCCCAGCGACAGCAGGAAAGCCGCCCGGGCUGUUGAAGAGGACGCUCUCGGGUUCUUCCAUCAGCGGCAGAGUCGGCGAGUUCUUCCGCCGUCGCAGUAGCGUUAGCGGCCAGCGGCCGCGCGUCGACGACGGCGGUAUCAACGGGACCUGGGGCGCCGAGUCGGACGAUGAACAGGCUGUCUACGAUGAUUAUGCUCAUGUCAGCGAUGAGUAUAACAUUCCCAAGAUCCGCGGUGGUGGUGAUCGCGGUAUGUCUGCCGCUGUAGGCUUGCGCGGUGGAGGAGGUGACUACACUCCCCCGGUGCCCGGCGGUGGUGGUAGCGAGUUCGUAGCCGGUGACGAGAGCUACUUCACUGCCAAGCCGGUCUCCGGUAGUAGCAGCCACCAGCGCGGAGCAAGUGCCGGUAGUAUUACCGGUGGACGUGGUGGUGGUGGACCCAUGGGCAGCAUGUUCGAACAACAGUCCCAACAAGCAACAUCCGCCUCCCUACCAGAACGGGACUUUGCAUCUUCGUAUUCCCAACCUUCCCCCCGCGGCGGCAUCUUCCGUUCUGCAACCACAGGCGGCGGUGCGCGGGCCAUAAAGCGCGGAGAAGCCAUACCGCAAGUCAUGGCCGACGGCGCGCUGGAGGUCACGCUCAACGUGGAGAUCAGUCCGCGUGACCCCGGAGGCAGCACGGUGCCGUACCGACUGCUGGUACCCAAGCUUUCGUAUGAGUACGAGGGCGAUGAUAAUGAGCAUGAACAUGAGCAUGAGCUUGAGCACGAUGAGCAUGAACAUGAGCCGGAGAUGAAUGCGAUGGUGGGGGAGGAACAUACGUUGAGUCAGGGGCAAUUGCAGGCUUUUAUGGAGUCUAGACGGGAGCGGGAGGAGACUGGGAUGGAGAUGGGGAUGGGAAGGGAGGAGUACAAGGAGAAACCGAAUAGUGGUGGUCGUGGUGGGGGAAUUAGGAGGUUGUUGAGUUUGAAGAGGAAUGGGCGAUGA